AUGGCCCACACCGGACUUCUCACCUGGGCGAACUCAAUACGUCUCACUAUGACCAGCGAUCCAGGGCGUCAAGUGUUUAAGGAGCAAGUUCAUACGCAUGGGUUUCUCUUUCUCGAUGAUUACCUGGAUAACAUUGUAUCAGGCGGAAAACAAGACCCGCUCAUAGAGCUUGUGAAAACACCUGGGCGUAAAAAAGCUAUCGCAAGGAAACCUAAGCUCAUGGCAUCAAAGUUGGCAAAUUUGACAUCCUUAUCCUACGAGGUACGCACGAUCAAGUCACUCUACUCUCACCUUGCCUUACACGCUUUCACAAAGGAUCCAAUGGUCAAUGAGAAUGCUCCCCCACCUCAUAGUCUUCAGGCAACUCUUCAUGUUGCCAAAGUGGCAGAUAAUUCGAGAGAAAAGGGCAACAAUGAGCAGGAUGCAGCAUUGCAGGGCCAUCCUUCAAGGGCACCUCUGGCUCCUAUCCAAUCCAUCCAUAAUCCCUCAGAUAUGACUGUCGAAUCAAUACCUGCCGGGCUUGGUCCGACCCGACCUUCUCAACGCCCUGCCAGUAUGGAGCAUAAUGAUCUCUCCAUCAUAGCAGAGGACGAUGAAUCUUCUGAACGGAGUCGAAUGUCCAAUGCAGGUCAUGGAGUUGAAGUACCACAUAGCCCUAUUGCAACAACGAUACCACUUCCGCCUUCUUCGUCUGUAUCCGAUUUCAAUACAGCUCAUCACGAUGUCAAUAUGACCUCAUCUUCCUCUGCUGCCACGUUCCAGUCUAUCCCUCUUCAAUCUCCAACUCCAUCCAUUCGCGAUGAAGCGGUUUCGACCUUCAGUCGUGACCACAAAUCAGACGAGCCCCAAGAACCUACCUCUCUUUCAGAAUCCAUAUCAACAGAAACCAGACAGAGUAUCAAUGAGCAAUCGAUUCCUGGUGCGCUUGAAGAACCUUCUCAAGCCGAUAGGAAGUCGAGUGACAAACCUAUAACACUCUCCAUCCCUUCCCUCCCUGAACCUAUGUUCUCCCGCAAACCUCGCGAUCCCUCACUGAAUAUGGUCAUGCAGGGAGCGGCAACACCAAGUGCUGCUCGUGGAAAACGAACAUCAUAUCUGACGAAGGUCAGAGAGGUCAAUGCCUUCGAAGGAACCAGCAAGAAGAGCCAACCUACUUCUAGCAUCUCGAAUACCGGGCAGACUCCUGUGGCACAAGGUACCAAGAGGAAGAGCGGGGACAUGCAGGUCAAUGACCAGAUAUCUCUGCAACAUGAUCAAGAGCGUAUCUCGAAGUAUGCGAAAGUCUCUGAUGGCGAGUUUGCUUGCCGUACUUCAAAGGACACUCAACUGGAGAAGGUGCAAGAUAAUGCACCCAAGAUACAGUCCCUGCCUGAUGAAGAAGACCCUGAACAAGACCCUGACAGUUUCAUGCAAGAGGGUGUUCUGGAUCGUCUUAAGAAGACUGUUGAGGACUUCGGCGUUCGUGUUGGUAAGAACAUGAGCAAAAGCCUCGGAGGAGGAGCGGCUGCGGCUCUCGCUGAAGCUCGGGCUGCCGCAGAAGCCAGAGUCGCCGAGAGAGAUCGUAAAGAAGAUGAAAUGACGAUUGCUAGUGGAGUUCCAGCAGCAGAGUCACAUCUUUCCGCUCAGAAUUCUAAACAAGUGCAUCGGGCUGAGCAGAAAGAAUCCGAAAUACAAGCGUCGCCACUGAGACAAAACGAUGGUCGUAUGAGCAUUUCUGACUUGUUCCCGACUGAAGGCCGUGUCAAGGAGAAACACAUGGUACCUGAGAAAUCGUUCCAAUUCGAUCCAAAUCCUGCAAUACUCGCGAAAGAGUCAGAAUCUUCUGCCCUUGCACGGGAAAGUACUUCAACGACGCCGCCGCAUUCUCCUCCAGCCCACAUCUCCAGUGUUCAAAUUGUGGCUCCUCCAGUUUUCAAUAAACCCUCUCCAGUCUUCGCUCUUCCUGUCGCAAAGACCAGGCAGCCAUUUUCUCCAGUAUCAAAGACAAAGCCUCGGCCAUUUUCCCCUGCCCACAAAGUCUUCAACCCGCCACCGGCUCCACCACCACAAGUCAAUAAUAAGACUCAGUCAUCUGUAUAUCCCUCGCUUCGCUCGUCACCUACUUCUUCAUUCAAAGGAAAGGCUGCACAACCACUUACUGCUCAGUCGACGCUUGAAAGCGUAAUAUCGGAUAGAGUAUUCGACGAUGAAGAUCCUCCCGCCUGGUUGCCAAGCACUCAAGAUACAGACUAUACGUCUGGUUAUACACAAUCUCAACGAUACCCAGACACACAAAUAUGUGAUGAAGAUGAUAGCUGGCCAUUAGAUGAGAAAAUUUCAGCCGGCGUACAGUGGACGUUUGGGUCUAAGGAUGACAGUAUGACAUGGAGCACAGCGCCCUCUCAAAGCACCCGUGGAGACACAGGUCCUUUUACUAGAGCUUCUCCUCUUCGGGAACAGAAGAAUGACUGGGUUUCCCCGAAGGGUCACCCAAUACCGGGUGCAUUUGACACAGAAAUUGAAGAUGCAGAGGAAGAUGGAGGUAACAUACUUCCUAAAGAUCCAGAGCUUGAGCAGGCGAUUUUGAGUGCCCCUAAAGCUACAAUUGUGAACGAUCAGCCUAAACACGCAAGGAGUCAAAGCCAAAUGUCGAUCGCCUCGCUGGCUUCGUUCGAGUCAUCUCAAUCACAACCUUCACAGGGCGGGUUCCUCAAUCAAGCUUCCAAACUGCUCAGCAGUGCACUUGGCACCAGCAACAAGAAAAAACAGCCUGAAGUCAAGACGGUUCUACAGAAAGCGGCGAUAGCGGCGAAAAAGCAACAAGAGGAAGCUGAUAAAAAGGCUGCUCGUUUGAAAGAGAUGGAAAGUCGUCGCCAACUUGCCAUUCAACGAAAGGCAGAAGAGGAAAAGGCCAGAGAACUGGAAGAGGAGCGCAGGAUGAAGGAAGAAGCGGAACGUCGAAAGAAAGAGAAAGAGAGUAGUACUGAUAAGAGAGCGCUCAAACUCCCAUCUGUAAAGAAGGAUGAUGAAUCUCAGAAAAAACGCAAGAUAGAGGUCGAGAAGAAAUCCGAGUUAAAGAAACCAGGUCCUAACAUGUUAUUUGGAAAGUCACAUCUGAAAUCCUCUCUCAAACAACCUUCGAACACUUCUUUUGCCUUCGGUUCUUCAACUAUUGCGUCAUCAUCAAACAUGGAGGCCGAAGCAUCUUCGUCCAAAGGAAAGGAGCGAGCCAUCCAAGAAAAUACCGUUGAUGAUGAAAUUUCCCAGCCAUCUCAACUGGUUCAAUCUCAAAUGGCUGCCCGGGCUAAAGCCCUAAUUGAUGCUGCUAAAGACACAGAGCCAUUGGUACCCAGCGAAAGUAUCGAACUACCAGAUAUAAACAGCGAGUAUUCAGACUCUGAAGAUGAAGACCGUGUUCGCACAUUUGAUCCGCCUGAUUGGGCACAAUCUCCGGAACUGCGACAGGCGCUUCAGAUGCAAAGCACCAUUAACCCCGACGAUAUUUUUGGCGCCGUUCGUCCGCUCAAGAUGGAGGAGAUUUUCAAGACACGGACCAGCAGAUUCCGAGCACGUACGAGCUCCGCCAAUUGGACUGGCGCGGAUCGUCUCACCAUGCAAGAAGAGUCUGCUUACGCUCGACGUAUGGGAUUCAAGUAA